AUGUUGUUUCAUCGUGUGUCGCCUUCUUACAUUAUAAACGUUAACGGCUUUAAGAAUCGUUACUCGUCGUCAUUACAAUGUAAGGCGGUGGCCUCUGUCCCGACCGUUGCCCAAACCAGACGGCGAUCGGGAAACUACAAGCCUCCUCUUUGGGAUUUUGAUUUUAUUCAAUCUUUGACAACUGAAUAUAAGGAAGAAAAGCACUCCAAAAGAGUAACUGAGCUAGUGACUCAAGCUAACAAAUUAUUGGAUGAGAAAAUGGGACCCAUUCAACAGCUGGAGCUUAUUGAUGACCUGUCAAGGCUUGGCAUAUCUUAUCAUUUUGAAGACAAAAUCAUUCAAAUCUUAAAUAACUUAUAUACUUCCAUCACAAGUUGUGAAGGGGAUGAUUUGUACUCAACAGCCCUUGAGUUUAGAGUCCUCAGGCAACAUGGUUUCCAACUCUCCCAAGAUGUGUUUGAUGCUUUCAAGAACGAAAAUGGCGAUUUCGACCUCUCGAGCCUUGGCACGUACAACGACAAGGGCUUGUUAGAGCUAUACGAAGCUUCUUUCCUCUCAACCGCAGCCGAAGAGACCCUUGAGCUAGCGAAAGAAUUCACAACAAACGUUCUAAAGAGCAAAAUCGAAUUAAUCAACCGUGCAUUCGAACACGACCAAUAUCUUUUUUCGUUGGCUCGUCAUUCUCUAGAAGUCCCGAGCCAUUGGAGGAUUCCAAGGCUAGACGCAAGAUGGUUCAUGGACACUUACAAGACGAGACCGGACAUGAAUCCCUUGUUGCUCGAGCUUGCAAAGUUGGACUUUAACAUUAUUCAAGCGACACAUCAACAGGAACUUCAACUUGUCUCAAGAUGGUGGGAACAAACGGGCUUAGCUAAGGCGUUGCCGUUUGCAAGGGAUAGAGUUGUGGAGUGCUACUUGUUGGCUAUUGGAGACCUUUUCCAGCCUCAAUAUGGCUACUCGAGAAUUAUGAACGCUAAAGUCAAUGUUUUGGUCACGAUAAUCGACGACAUGUUUGAUGUGUACGGGACCUUAGACGAGCUUCACCUCUUCAAUGAUGUCGUUCAAAGAUGGGAUGUUGAUGGAAUUGAGAAACUUCCUGACUAUAUGCGGAUGUGUUUUCUCGCACUCAACAACUUCGUAAACGAGAUGGCUUAUGAUGUUCUCAAAGAACAUGGUGUUUUCGUCAUUCCACAUUUGCGAAGAUCGUGGGCAGAUUUGUGCCAAACAUACAUACGAGAGGCUGAGUGGUUUUCGGUCGGACACAAACCGACGCUUAAAGAAUAUAUAAGCUCGGCAUGGAUUUCGAUAUCGGUCCCUGUAAUGCUUUGCCACUCGUACUUUCUUGUGACCGACGAACCAAUCGAAAACGAGGCCGUUCAAGGCUUGUUUAAGCACGACAAUAUAGUUCGUUUAUCGGGAAUGGUUGCGCGUCUUGCAAACGAUCUAGGAACAUCGACGGAUGAGAUGGAAAGAGGGGAUGUGCCCAAAUCGGUUCAAUGCUACAUGAACGAGACCGGUUCCACUCGGGAGGAGGCUCGUGCGUUCAUAAAGUCUUGGAUUUGCGACUUGUGGAAAAAUAUCAACGAGGCUCGAGUUGCAAAUCAUCCAUUCCCGAAGAAUCUUGUGAGGGUUGCAGUCGACUUCGCUCGAAUAGCGUUGUACGUGUACCAGUAUGGGGAUGGGCACGGGACUCAAGAUCCCAAGACCAAGACUAAGGGUCGUAUUUCGGAUUUGUUGUUUAGCCCUAUUGUCUAA